UGUGUACAGUCUUAUUUUAACCUUUCAUUUAUAAUCUGAAGGUCUUCAAGUAAACAUAGUAUCAUUGAACCUUAUAAACAGUGUAAAUUAUUAUUUAAUCCUCGAUACAUUUAAUUACACAAUUAGAUCCGUAAUGGACGUAUUUUUAAUGAUUAGGCGAAAAAAUACAACUAUUUUUACGGAUGCUAAGGACAAUACAACGGUUCACGAACUUAAAAAAAUUAUCGAAGGUAUAUUGAAAGUACCGCCAGUGAAUCAACAACUAUUUAAUAAAGACAACGUUGUUAUGUCUGAUACUAAAUACUUGUCGGAUUAUGGACUGACAUCUGUAACCGCUAAAGCGCAAUGUCCAGCAUUGGUAGGAUUAGCUAUGCGUCAAGAUAAUGGUCAAUUUGAACAACUUGAAAUGACUCCAUUUUCUCUACCACCUGAUCUUCCCGAUGUUAUGAAGGGUUGUGAGCCUAAUGGUUCAGAGUCUCCUUGAAGUUACAUAAACUAUAUUGUGAAUCAAUUGAUAAAGAAGUAUUGUGUUUGAUACAGUUUAAUAUUUAUGAGAAAGACCUUUCUACUAAAUGCUGAAGAUUUUAUGAAACCAGGAUGUGAAUAAUAGAAAGACGUACAAGUUCUUACAUUAAUGCAAAGUGUCUUAGGGAUUUCUCAAUUCUUCUAGAGGAAACAAAAAAACGAAAAAAGAAAAAAGAAAAUAAAACAGGUAGUUGCAAUACUUCCAGGUCUUCGUGAACGUGCAAGUACUUCUUUUUGUACUUGAACAAUUCAAUUCAGCAUGCUAACAAAUAUUUCUAAAAAUACGCGUUCACGGUCCUGUACGUUAACCAAAUUUAAUAUUAAUUAGCUAUGAAAUUGUCUCAAAGUUUUGUUACAGUUAAAGAAAUAUAAUAAAAUACCUCAUUCGCUUAUAUUUAA